GGAGUUAUAUCAGAACAUAAGUUGACAUAAAUUACAGCACAGAACAAUAGUCAUAGUGUAUUCAAUGUAUAGAAUAAUAAUUACUCAGUGAUUCAAUGGUGUGGGCACAAUAAGCGAGAUAAGAUAAAAAAAGGUAUAUAAUCUGUGGUAUAAGGUCUAUGGUUAUCUACAAUGAUAAUAUCGGCGGUCAUGGCUGUAGCUGCGGCUACUGGUGACAAACAUUACGUUCCGAUAAUAAUGAUAGUAAUAAAUAUCUGUAUAAAAUACUAUAACUGUAUAGUAACUAACGUUAACUGUUUACUUUUACUUCAGCUACUAUAUUAGCUACUUAUAAGUAGUAAUCAUUAGUCAGUUCCCUGAACUCUGUAAUGCUGUGCGUGCCGUCUGGUUCUUGUGUACUAGUUGACAUAAUUUUUCAUAACAAAGUACUCUGUUGUAAAUUCAUGUUAGUGAUUAUUCAGUAUUCUUCAUUGGGUACCUAAGUAAUUGAAUAUGCUUAGAAAACAAAGAAUUCAUUAAAUAUAACUCAUAGAAAUGUUUUGUAUCUUUACUGCUAGUAUCUAAUCUUAUUUCAAUAAAUAAUCAUGUGUUACGAAAACAACAUUUUAUGUAGAUUAUUAUACUUUACAAAUUUAUUCGGCUUACAAUAUUUUACAUCUAUUGCAAUACAUUUUGAAUAACUUAUAUGAUCAUAAAUGAACACCAUUUUACAUUUUUAUCAUGAGUAUUAGUGACUGCAGUAUAACCGCUGGAAAUUCUGUGGUUUAUUUGGAUAUUGAAAUAGGACAAGAAAAAAUUGGAAGAAUCAUCAUAGAACUAUUUAAUAAUACAGUACCUAAAACAGCUGAAAAUUUUAGAGCUCUUUGUACUGGUGAAAAAGGUAUUGGUUUAUCAGGAUUACCAUUACAUUUAAAAGGAUCACAAUUUCAUAAAGCUAUUCCUGAAUUUAUGAUUCAAGGAGGUGACAUUACUGUUGGUAAUGGUAGUGGAGGAGAAAGUAUAUAUGGUUGGUUCUUUGACGAUGAAAACUUCAAAUGCCUGCAUGAACCUGGUGUAAUAAGUAUGGCUAAUACUGGUAAUGUCAACACAAAUAACUCACAGUUUUUCAUUACAACUGUUCCAUGUCCACAUUUAGAUGGCAAUAAUGUUGUUUUUGGAAAAGUAAAAAAAGGAUUUUGUGUUGUCCAAACUAUUUCAAAUACACCUACAAUAAAUGAUGCUCCUAUAAAUCCUUGUGUAAUUAAAGAUUGUGGUGAAUUAUCAAGUGAUAGCAGUACUUGGAUUAUUCAUGAAAAUGAUAAUACGAAUGAUACUUUUCCCCCUUUUCCUGAAGAUUGGUCAAUUCAUCAAACAGAUAUUGAUGUUGUACAGUUUUGUAAAGUACUUAAUCAGAUUAAAGAAUCUGGUAAUCAUCACUUCAAUUGUAAAAAUUAUUUUGGUGCUAGAAGAAAAUAUGAUAAAGUCUUACGAUAUAUUGAUUGGUAUAUAGGUUAUCAUAAUAAAUCUCAAAUUAAUUUUGAAAUGCUUGAAAAUGUAAAAUUGAAUACUUUCUUAAAUUUAGCCUAUGUUUAUUUGAAAAGAAAGAAUUACAAAAGUGCUAUUAAAUUUUCUAAACAAGUUUUAGAUAUAGACUGUAAUAAUGUAAAAGCACUUUUUCGUCUUGGUCAAGCAUAUGGAUCACUUAAUUAUUAUGAUCAAGCUAUUAUAAGUUUUAAAAAGGCAUUAGAAAUAUUUCCAGAUGAAAAGAAAUUUUUAAUUGAGUUAAAAAAAAUAGAACAAGCUCAAAAACAAUACUUAAAAAUUGAAAAAAAAAUGUGUUCAAAGAUGCUAAAUUAAUGAGAAAUUGAAUCCUAAAAAUUAUAAUGAUUUUAAAUACAUAUUUUUGAAAACAUUUUGUUAUUGUUGAAAUAGAGAAAAUUACAUUUA